AUGCUGGAUCCGCCCCUGCCCCUGCCCAUAAACCCAUACCCAGUCAUACACACAUUGUUACUAUAUAAAUCCUUUAUGUCAUGUUGUUUCUCUACAUACACUCACAGAAAGAAAGAAAGAAAGAGAAAUAUGGACAUGGAGCAUUACUUGGCCAAAAAACCUGUGGCAUUGGCUUUGGUUGCCAUUUUGUUGAGCAGUUUUAGCAUAGAAGUGUCGAGAGCACAGGGAAUAUGUAACAUAUCAGGAGAAGGUUUAAUGUCAUGUAAACCAUCAGUAACACCCCCGAACCCGUCGGCGCCCACAGCCAAGUGCUGCAGCGCGCUGGCACAUGCAGACUGGGGAUGCCUUUGCUCUUAUAUGAAUUCUCACUGGUUGCCUUCUUUAGGAGUUGAUCCAACACUUGCAAUGCAACUCCCUCAGAAAUGCAAACUCCCUAAUCCUCCCCAUUGCUAAAGCACUAAUUAAAAUUUAACUCUUCCAUUUCCAUAGUAACUUGAAAUUAAGUGUUGGUCAUUCAAUUAAUCGGGCCUAGCUAUAUUUGUAAGUUGAAAUUACCAUGUUGUGUAUUUUGAGCUUUGUUUAUCUUGGUUUUUGGUUUCUAGCUAAGGCCAAUGAUUCUUCAUUAUGGUUGUAUUUGGAGAAAAUUGUUUGCUGGUUGUUUAUUUUGGCUUGCAUGGUUUAUUAGUUUGGUAUUUUAGCUCGUUU